UUCGACUCGGAAGCGCUCUUCCCGCACUGAUUGCCGGCGUGACUCUGAGCGGUUCGAGGGGUGGGUCGGGUUGCUGAGCAGAACCACAGCUACCGGACCUUGACGCCCGUUCUGCGCUUGCCAUGAGGCUGCUGGGAGCAGCCGCCGCCGCAGCUUUGGGGCGCGGGCCGCUGCCGCGGGUCCCCGCCGCCCUGGGCUGGCCGGGGAAGCAGGUUAAUUGGAAAGUUCACCGAUGGUGUUCAUCAGGAGUGAUUCCGAAUGAAAAGAUACGAAAUAUUGGAAUCUCAGCUCACAUUGAUUCUGGGAAAACCACAUUAACAGAACGAGUGCUUUACUACACUGGCAGAAUUGCAAAGAUGCAUGAGGUGAAAGGUAAAGAUGGAGUUGGUGCUGUCAUGGAUUCCAUGGAACUAGAGAGACAAAGAGGAAUCACUAUUCAGUCAGCAGCCACCUACACCAUGUGGAAAGAUGUCAAUAUCAACAUUAUAGAUACUCCUGGACACGUGGACUUCACAAUAGAAGUGGAAAGGGCCCUGAGAGUGUUGGAUGGUGCAGUCCUUGUUCUGUGUGCUGUUGGAGGGGUGCAGUGCCAGACCAUGACUGUUAAUCGUCAGAUGAAGCGCUACAACGUUCCUUUUCUAACUUUCAUUAACAAAUUGGACCGAAUGGGCUCCAAUCCCGCCAGGGCCCUGCAGCAAAUGAGGUCUAAACUGCGUCAUAAUGCAGCAUUUAUGCAGAUACCCAUUGGUUUGGAGGGUGAUUUUAGAGGUAUAAUAGAUCUUAUUGAGGAACGAGCCAUCUAUUUUGAUGGAGACUUUGGUCAGGUUGUUCGAUAUGGGGAAAUUCCAGCAGAAUUCAGGGCAGCGGCAGCUGAGCACCGGCAAGAGCUGAUUGAAUGUGUUGCCAAUUCAGAUGAGCAGCUUGGUGAGAUGUUCCUGGAGGAAAAAAUCCCCUCAGUUUCUGAUUUAAAGUGUGCAAUCCGAAGAGCUACUCUAAAUAGGUCAUUUACUCCUGUCCUUUUGGGAAGUGCGUUGAAGAACAAAGGAGUUCAGCCUCUUUUAGAUGCUGUUUUAGAAUACCUCCCAAAUCCAUCUGAAGUCCAAAAUUAUGCUAUUCUCAAUCAGGAGGAUGACUCAAAAGAGAAAAACAAAAUCUUAAUGAACUCCGAGAGAAGCAGUUCCCACCCAUUUGUAGGCCUGGCUUUUAAACUGGAGGCUGGGCGAUUUGGACAGUUAACUUAUGUCCGCAAUUAUCAAGGAGAGCUGAAGAAGGGUGACACCAUCUAUAACACGAGGACAGGAAAGAAAGUGCGGGUGCAGCGGCUGGUUCGCCUGCAUGCCGACAUGAUGGAGGAUGUUGAGGAAGUGUACGCUGGAGACAUCUGUGCAUUGUUUGGCAUUGACUGUGCUAGUGGAGACACAUUCACAAACAAAAAUAGUAGUGGCCUUUCUAUGGAGUCAAUUCAUGUUCCUGAUCCUGUCAUUUCAAUAGCAAUGAAGCCUUCUAACAAGAAUGAUCUGGAAAAAUUUUCAAAAGGUAUUGGCAGGUUUACAAGAGAAGAUCCCACAUUUAAAGUCCACUUCGACACUGAGAGCAAAGAGACAAUUGUAUCUGGAAUGGGAGAAUUACACCUAGAAAUCUAUGCUCAGAGGAUGGAAAGAGAAUAUGGUUGUCCUUGUGUCACAGGAAAGCCAAAAGUUGCUUUCAGAGAGACCAUUACUGCCCCCGUCCCGUUUGAAUUUACACAUAAAAAACAGUCAGGUGGUGCAGGCCAGUUUGGAAAAGUGAUCGGUGUACUGGAGCCUCUGGACCCAGAGAACUACACUAAGUUGGAGUUUUUAGAUGAAACAUUCGGGGCUAAUAUUCCAAAGCAGUUUGUGCCUGCAGUAGAAAAGGGGUUUUUGGAUGCCUGUGAGAAAGGCCCUCUUUCUGGUCACAAGCUCUCUGGGCUCCGGUUUGUCCUGCAAGAUGGGGCGCACCACAUGGUGGAUUCCAAUGAAAUCUCUUUCAUCCGCGCAGGAGAAGGUGCUCUUAAACAAGCUUUGGCAAAUGCAACAUUAUGUAUUCUUGAACCUAUUAUGUCUGUGGAAGUUAUAGCCCCAAAUGAAUUUCAUGGACCUGUGAUUGCGGGAAUUAACCGGCGCCAUGGGGUAAUCACAGGACAAGAUGGGAUUGAGGACUAUUUUACACUGUAUGCAGAUGUCCCUCUAAACGGUAUGUUUGGUUAUUCCACUGAACUUAGGUCAUGCACAGAGGGAAAGGGAGAAUACACAAUGGAGUACUGCAGAUAUCAGCCUUGUUCACCGUCCACACAAGAAGACCUCAUCAAUAAGUACUUAGAAGCUACAGGUCAACUUCCUGUAAAAAAGGGAAAAGCCAAGAACUAACUUUCCUCACUUUAAGUUGACUAGCUGUAACUGAAUCUGCGAGAUUUAUAUACUUUAAUGGAUUCUGGUGGAAUGAAUUCAGGCUGAAACAAAUUUUAGAAGCCCUUCCUAUUCUAUUCAGGAGCUUCUGUCAUAUUCAAAGAUAAUUCUAUGUGUAUCCCAACUCUGUGGAUUGGUUUUACAGUUCCUUGAAAAACAUCAAAUAAAAUAUGACUAUUACUGAAAUAUAUUUAAUAUCUAAGGGAAGAAGAGACGGAUUUCAGUUAUACUUCUAAGCGUAGAAUGGUAUGUAAACUUCCUUUCCGAAUACCUUAUGCUAAGAAUUUUCACCAUAUAGAAAAGCUGAAAAAGGCAGUACAGAGAACAGGUCUAUACCUUCCAUCUAGACUCAAUAAUGAACAAUCUUGUUAACAAUUUGUUCAUCACAUAAUAAUUUAUUUGUGUCAUAUUUGCCUUAUCUGUCUUUGUCUCAUACCUCUAUAUUUAAAUUUUUUUUAAAUUAUUGUUUUGCUGAACAGUAAUUUGAAAGUGAAUUGCUUAUAUCAUGACACUUCUUAGGAGUGUCCUCUUUUAAUAAGCAGGCUUUUGUGGAAGGCAACUGUGCUCACCACUGUACCACCAACACCCACUUGAACAAGACUUUUUUGUUUCAGAGUGGAUUUCCCAUGCUCUUAAUAGAGAACAUUUUUCAGAUUCUUCAUUGGAAUAUUAUGUAAUAUGGCUAGUAAAUUUCUAGCUGUUUUAUAUAUAGGUGAUUGCUUCAAUUUGUGGCUUCUGCAAAUUUGUAAAUGCCUAUUUUUAUGUUAGUUUCUUGUGGACAUUUUAAAAUGAAAAGCAGAUCCUUGCAUAUUGCUAUUCUUACCUAUGUUCAUUUUAAUGUUUCUGCAACUCUGAAUAAUAAAACAUAAUUUACAUAGUUGCUGCCUGGUCAGUUUCAUUCACCUGGUAAACGCUAGUUGAAUUUGAGUCUGUUGGAAUAUCAUAUAUUGUAUUCGUUGACAUUGUGAAAGAACAAAUGUUAAGUUUUUGUUUCUAGAAUAGGUUGGAUUUUCCUGAACAGUACUACCAUAUUGUUUAGGAUUACUUCAUCCCAAAUCAUCUGAUGGGAGAGGCAUUUCCUUGUCCUUUCUCUUAGUGGAUAAUAGAGAUAAAAUAACAGUUUUAAAUUCCUUUCUUUUUUUUGAUUAUAGGUUUGGCUUUAUAACUUAAGCUUUCUAUUAAAAGAUUUUUUGAAGUAUUGAGCAUGUUUUCGAAGUAUCUGCUAAAUGCUUUAAGUGCAUUUAAUUUAGUUGUCACAACGCUAUGAAAGUGGGUACUAUUAGCCACUUCUAUUUACCAUUUUGAAAUAGAAGAAGCAAAAGCACGGAGAAGGUAAAUAACUUGUCCAAGACCACACAGCUUGUUAAAUUUUCAAGUUGGUAAUUAGUUGUAUUCGUGAAACCGCAUGCAUUUUCCCCAUGAAUAUGUCUGUUGCUAUCGUAGCAUCCAGCCUGAAUAAUAUUGGCUGUGGCAUUUCAUCAGCAGCUCAUGCUAUUGACAAUGACUUUGAAAAUUGUUCCUGAGGAGGAAAUACCUUCCCAGAAUUUAGUACAGUUUCUCUGGCUAUUGCCAACAGUUAGGAAUAUUGGAACUAAGACGGGUAAGUUUUGAUGUGUUUUUAACUUGUUAAACAUUCUGGUUAUAAAGACAGAGCAUCAGAAAAAAACCUAGAUAUUUAAUCCAACACCAGCAUUUCAUAGGCAAAAACACAGGCCUGGCUGGUGGGAGUAACAAGAGUAGGAUGACACAGGGAUAGAUCGAGGACCAGAACCUGCAUCUCUUGCCAUCUCUUGCUAAUUAGUUUGGUUAUAACUGGUAAAGACCACGUAGCAACCAAGGUUUGUAGCAAGGAAAAAAUUAACGAGAAUAUUCAUAAAUGAGGAUUUUUUUAUAUUACUCUUACGAAGGAUAAUUGUUGGCUAAUUUAAAGAAAGACAGUAUUGUGUUGGAGAAGAGUAACAGCACUAGGCAGGCAGUAUUGCAGUGAUUCCCAACCCACUAAUUCUGGCUGCACUUUAAAAAUCACAUGGGGAGCUUUAAAAAGAAUUGCCCAGUCCAGUCUCUAGAUGCUUGGAUUCUUUGGAUCAAGAUCAAAAGUUUUCCACUUGAUUCUAAUAUACAGGAAAGUUUAAAGAGCAGUAUUCCCUGCACCUCCGAGACAUGAAAUGGAAGAUUUAUUUAUUUGUGUCACAUUUUUCAUUUUCUCUUGUGUGAUGUUAGAGUUGGGCUAUAUGGGUUCUUAGUUUGACAACUUUGUCUUUAAAGAAAUAGGGUCAGUUUUCUGUCUAUUCCUUUUCCUCCCUGCUCACUCUUAAGAUUAUUUAGUUGUAAAAUCAUCAAAAUUAAAUCCUGAAGUGUUAGGAUUUUUCAUAUUUUAAUAUUUUUGAAAUCUGGAUGGGUUUUAAAAUUGAUGCCAAUGAAAGUAGGCAGCCACCAGGUAGUAGUAAAUUGUGACCAUGUAGAAGUAUAUCCCUUUGUAAGAAGACAACUGUUUGCAUUGCUAAAACUGUAAUUGGUGAGUGAGAGCUUUAAUUGCUGCUUAAAGUGUCUUCAAAUAACACUGGAAUGCACCCUUGAAACAGUUUGUUGUAUUUACAAUUUAUUUAUGAGCAUUCAUUUAUUCGUUUGUCCAUUCAAAUAAGUGCCAGGUAGCAAGUUAGGUGGUUGUAGCACUUUGAAAGCUAGGCAAGGUCACAGAACAGGUCAUAGAAUUUUCUAAGCUGAGCGAAAUUGGUGGAAUAAACUCAUUUCAUGAAGAACUAUCAUUCAAGGGCAAAUAUAGAAACUUCCAAAUGACUUUGAGAAGAAUUUGUUUAAUUUCUAACAAUUCAUAAUUCAGGUAGGAAAAAUGAAACAGAAGGCAGUGGGAUGCAGACAAAAUCCUGGUAUUAUUUUGUAUGUCUUAAAAUUUUGAAAGUUCUAGAGAUUAGGAAGAUAAAUGUGAUGCUAUAUAUACCUGCCAUUGGCUCAGUGGUUGAGAAGAAUUUAGGCUCCUAAUGAAAAGAAGACUUAGGGAAUUUAGAGUUUUCAUUUUAUGUCAAAGCUGAUGAAAUAAUUUUUCUCUGCUGUUAGCUGGCAAAAUCAAUAUUCGUAAAAUCAGGUCAGCAAUUUUAGAGUUUGUGCUAGAGAAGAUGUUCUUAUUGUGAUAUUAGUGAGAAAUAUUUGGUUUAACUUUAGGGAGUUUUAUAGAUUUAGACAACUGUGUUUGUUGUCUAUGUGUAGAAUUCCUCUUCGUAAUCUAUUGUACUGAAAUAAAUCUGUAAAUUGAAUAAUGGUCAUAUUUGUGAGCCUAAUCUCAUUAAUUAAAAAAUGCUUUCAUGAGGAAGAGGACUUUGAGAUAAGUGACAGUAGAAAGCUGAAACCCUUUUCUAGCCCUUAAUGUGAUACUAAAAAGUUGAUUAAAGAUCACAGGACAGGGUGCCUGGGUGGCUCAGUUGGUUAAGCGACUGCUUUCAGCUCAGGUCAUGAUCCUGGAGUCCCUGGAUCGAGUCCCGCAUCAGGCUCCCUGCUCGGCAGGGAGCCUGCUUCUCCCUCUGACCCUCCCCCCUCUCAUGUGCUCUCUCUCACUCUCUCUGUCUCAAAUAAAUAAAUAAAAUCUUUAAAAAAAAAAAGAUCACAGGACAUUGACAUUAUUACUAUAAUGCUCUUGGCACCUUUGUAUUAAGGUUAAGGUUAAAUUAAGAUUAUUUAGGGAACUUCAUUUAAAGGAGCUUAUUGCUUGGUUUUGACAUAAUUUAAUCAUUGUAGAUGGAUAUUUUAGAAAAAGUAUUUUCUUUGCAUUAUUACGUAGGUGGGAGAUCUGGUGUUUCAUUUAAAUGAUUGUUUCCAGUGCUUCAGGAUACUUAACAGUUCUUUAAAUCAGGUGGAUAUUGGGAAGAUGAAGCAAAGGGCUUUAAAAUAUAUAUAUAUAUAUGGACUAGAUCUAAAAAGUAUCUGUUCGUUUUUAUUUUGUAAUAGUCCAUGUCUGUAAAAUUUUUCUCUUCAGCAUAAACUUUUCUAAUUUUCUGACAGUAUAGACUUAAGAGUAAUAUUUUGGGAUAUUUUAAGGCUGAUGCUUCCUAACCAAGGAUCCUGGUUAACCGUUUUGAGACACUGACAUAAGCAUUCCAUUAAAUGUGUAGGGGCCAAGGGCAGGCCACCCCAAAAUGUCCCACUUCGGUAUAUUGAUUAUUUUAAAUAAAAGUUGCAUAAGAGACAAGACUGCACAAGGACACCUGGAUCACACCCUCUAUGCCCCUGAAAGCAGGAAAUGAAUCUCUGAGGUGAAAAGGCACCCUCUCUGUACCACAAGGUAAAGAAACAUCCUUAUUAUCAGAGAGGAAAUUUAGAGCCAAGAAAGCUGUAUAAACAACCCUUGUAACUUGUUACUAAUUUAGAAUUCUUUACUAAUUGAAGGUUAAUCAAAGUUAAGUUUUUUUUGUCCUGUCAAUUCCUCACAGGUUGUCUCUGUCUAUAAAGUAUAAAAACUACUCAUUUUUUUAGGUCUCAAUUGCAUUAUUGGGCCUCUCUGCACAUAUAAUAAAACUCUUUUUUCUCCUGUUAAAUCUGUCACCUAUCAAUUUAAUUCUUAGACUAGCUGGAAGAACCUUGAAUGAAAUUUAGAUUCCUCCCCUAUAGUUGGCAUAUUUGCAGGAUCAGCUUCCACGGGAUAGUUACUCCGAAGAUUCUGCAGUUUUAAGAUAUUGGGAAAUCUGACAUACAACCAGCAGAAGGUAAGAUUUCUUUCCAUGUCUGCCUCCCAGAAUCUCUGUCUGCAGAAUCUGGUGGAGUGAGAGUAAUGAGAAUCUUUUUUUUUUUUUUUCCUCUCUCUAAAUUUAGAUUAGCAAGAAACAAUCUUGUGGAACUAAUACAUUGGACUUAGCAAGUCUUGGUAAAAAUGUGGUUGAGUACUGUUAGUGAUCCAUUUCCUCCCAGAGAUGGUCUUUGUUUUCCUUUGUCUCUGUGUUUUGUGUCGUUUGUCAUAAAAAGGAAUUUCCAUGGGGCAGAAAGCAGGCGUAGGCUCUAGAAGCCCCCUGUUUGAGCCAGCCUCACAGACUUAUGAAUAAAUGGCUCUCAUCAGACUGGUGUCUGCUCAGACAAACUUGACUGUGAGUUAAUGUGCACGUGAGGUAAAGGUUGUUGCCACGGGAAAUCUUGGAAGCCAGAGCCUAAAACUGGUGGGCAUGGGGUGAGCACUUAAAAGCUAUUAGAGUGCUUACUGCCUAACUCAGUGACUCCCAUGUUAGGAUAAGUUGGUCACAGAACAGGUUAGAUUAACAAUAGGUCACCUGCCUAACACCACACAGUCUGCAACCCACGGCACAUCCCUCGUAGUUAUUAAAUAGUUUGGCUCUGAGAGACCCAGCAGAUAGCUAAAGCUGUUAAUGUGUACAUCAGAAAAACCAGAUGAGAUUUUUUCCUUUCAUCUUGUCAUAUGUCCUAAGAGCUUGGCUUCGUGAUCAGUAAGAAUAUUCUCUCUGGUCUUCACCUUCUGGACGGUACACUUACUGGUGUGCAACUUGAUGGCCAAAUAGACUGGGGUUCCAAGACCUGCAGUUACAAGCAGCCCACUUCGUCUGGGCAUGCCAGUUCUCAAGGGAGUUUGUCAUAAAAGGUCCUAGCCCAUAAGGGGCCUUCGUCAUCUAUCCUUCAUUGCUUGUUAGUGUUGGAAAGUCUAGUAGUGUCUGGCAGCUGUCAGAGAUUAGCGGGUCUACUUACUUUUGUGGGAGACUGACAACACCGUUUUCGCUACAUCAUCCUUACGGCCUAUGCAACAAAGUCCUUUGCUUGCCUAGACAGUCUUUGGAGAGAAACUUUUGUAUAAUGGCAGCUACGCUAUCUUCCCUCUCUAGGGACACCUCUUGCGUCUUGGAUUACGCCAUCAAAGGGCUUACUGGUUUGAGUUGCUACUGGAAUUAAUAAGAUCCUACUUGUCAAUAGCUGGAAGAGAGGUCCUUUAAAUUGGCCGUAUUUGCAAGGAAACAUUUAUGGAGAGUUCUCAAUUGUCUGAUUAGUAUAAUCACUAAACUUAGGGAUGCCCCGAAUGAGAUGAAAGAAAAAAAAAUUAGACCUAAGACAUUAAUGUCCACAUCUAACAUAAAUUCCUUCUUAAAAUCCAGCCCCAUCUGCCUAUUUUAACUUUCCCUGGAAGAUUUACAGAGCACACUCUGGUCUAGUCUCUCAGUUCAAAGUAGACAGGUUACUCAAGCUAGUCAUGUACAUUCUGAAAGCCAGAAAGUGCAUGUAGCAGAAGCACCUGGGACAGGCAGUAGGGCCUGCUUUGCUGUAAUCAGGCCCUGUCAGCUUCAGGAAUUUGUGGGCAGUACCUUCGUAGAUGUGUCCUAGACCCCGCCACUGCAAAACCCAUGUCUCCUGAACAGCAGCAGAUCUUGUGAAUUGAAAAGCCUUUUUUCCUCCACUUUCAGAAGAUCCCACCAAAUUCAGAGAAGAAUUAGCUUAAUGGCUAUUCCCAGGCCCACUCACAGAGACCUUGAUUGGCUGCUAAGGACACAAUUGGAAACACUGGUUAUAUUACCACGAUUUUCACCGGAAUAUUGUAUUUGAGGUAGACAUGAAUAGACUCAGACAUGGCCAUACAACUUUAAGGUUGACUUUAUGGAAAGUCUUGCUUACAGGGAUCCAAGCAGCCUUACUAGGUGAGUAAGCAUGGUCACUACAUUGUGGGUACAAGAACUUCAGGAUAUUCUGGGGACCUCAAGAAGAGAGGAAUUAACCCCAACUAUAGGUAUUAUAGGCAAAGUCUCAUGGCAAGUAUUUGGCUUGGCUUCUGAACUUCAGAGGCUAUUAAAAAUUCAGUCAGAAGAUUCCUUACAAAAAGUUCAAGCAAAGCAGAUUUAAAAGAGCCUUUAGGAUCAAUCACUAUUCUUGCUGUACUUAUAUAAAAUAAUCAGGCCAAGUUUAUUAUUUAUUUUGCAAACAAAUUAGCCUUAAUCUGGCUAUCUUUGGUAAAAAUAAGGGUGAUUAUACAGAGAAAAAUUUUGUUUCACUAACCCUCCUUUGUGGAUAUUAGAUUCUAACACAGUUCAUUAUAAACUGGGCUAGAUCCUGAUUUUAGUUUCCUCCAAUGCCUGGCUACAACUCUCCAAAUGAAUGUCUUUGAUUUCUUUGCCAUUCUUUUGACUUGCAAUCAUUUGAGAACUAAAACUGGCCUUUUUCCUAAAGCCCUGCGAACUGAAUAUGAACAACUUGGUGUAAAAUUCAGAGAAAUCACCACAACAGCUCAAUCUUCAUGCCUGUUGUUCUAUGGGCCACUCAAAACGAUCACCAGAAAUACCCAAACUACAAAGAAAAUCUGUCAGAUCGCCAUCAUCACCCCUAAAAGCACCUAUCUGAAGAUGCUCUAACCCUGCAUCUAGAAGUCCUCUCGACUAACUACCCUCAGUACUCAGAAACUGGUUUAUAAAUUUGAUCCAGUCCUUAACCAUUGUUUUUUUUAUUUCCAUAGAAAUGCCUCUUACCUGAUUAUUUGAACCACAGGCUUAACUUUGAGAAGACACCUACAUUACUAUGUCCUGAAACGAGUUUAACUGAAUUGACCUAUUGUCAGAACUAAGAGAUUCAACAAGAAGGAACAAUCUACAGCUCAGUUUGUAAUAUGUGAAACUUUCAGGAAAGCUUCCGUGGUAGGGACUGUAGAGGCCAAGGGCAGGCCACCCCAAAAUGUCCCCUUUGGCAUAUUGAUUAUUUUAAAUAAAAGUUACUUAAGAGACAGACUAUACAAGAGGGACACUCAGAUCCUCUUCUGUCUUCCUGAAAGCUGGAAAUAAAUCUCCCAUGUGAAAAGGUACUCUUUCUAUACCAUGAGGUAAAGAGACAUCGUAACCAGAGAUAGGAAAUUUAAGAGCUAAGAUGGUUACAUAGACAACCCUGGUUACUUGUUAUUAAUUUACUACCUCAGUCCAGAUUCUGUUUAGAAUUCCUUACUAAUUGAGGCUCCCAAAGUUAAGUUUUCUUUGUCCUGCCAAUUCCUUAUAGAUUUAUACUGUUUGUUUAAAAAGUAUAAAAACUGCCUGCCUUGGUCAUUUCUUUGGGUCUCAACUGCAUUAUUAGGCCUCUCUGGUUUUUUUUCUCCUGUUAAUCUGUCUCAUAUCAAUUAAUUAAAGUCUUAGACCAGAUGGAAGAACCUUGAUGGGUAGAAGAAAAUUUGAAUUCCUCCCUACAAAUGAUACGAAUUUUGAAAGGCAAAUGAUGGCCACGUUUCCUGGAUCACUUCUUCUUGCCUUGGGGAGGUACUCUACUGAAUUUGAUUAUGGUACAUACUGUGUUUACUUUUAUAAAUUAAUUUAGGGCAAUACUGGGUGCAAACUGUUAGAAUUUCAGUUACAUCACUAUUCCAUUUGCAGACACUUGGCUUUAUCCAUGAAGCACUAUAUUUUUAUCUAUAAAAUUCGAAUUAAGCAAUAUUAAGUUAAUUUUAUUCAGUUUAGCACAAAUUUUGCCAAUGUAUACAAAUCUCUACAAACACAGUGAACACAUUUUAUAUAGAAAUGUAAACAUUUAUUUAAAAGUAGAUAUCAAAAAAGAAUACUUGCUUGGAAUGAUAAGAAAUAGUAAAGUUCCUCUAAACUGAUAACAUUUUCCCUACAAUUUGCUUUCAUUGCGAUAUAUUAUCUUUUUUACAUCCUAGGUAGAAGGAAUUUAGCAAUAGAAAAUGGUUGGUUGCACUACAUUCACAGUAAUGAGAAAUACAGAGGUGAGACCAUCAAUUUUUGUUUUGUUUUGCUAAACACUUAUUGAUCCAAUUACAGCAUACACUAACUUUUUUAGAUUUUAGGGCUGAAACCCUGAGAAACCCGUGGAGGAAACUGUUUAGCACUGAGCAGAGUUCAGUGUAUGCCUAUGUUCCCAGAAUUAAAGCAUCUUUUAAUUUUUGAGUAUUGUAAUUGCAGGCUUUCUCAAAUAUUAGACUACCUUAUACCUUACCUAUUUUAUCAGAGUAAUUAUUUAGGCUAUUUAGUAUAGUCAUUUUGUUUAGAAUUUGGUAUAAGCAGAUCCUUUUUUCUUUUCAGAAAUUAAGCUCUGUUGGUGCCACAGCUGAACCUUCCUCAGUUCCAGAGGCUUCUUCUGGCGUCUGUAGCUCUUGACAGUGGUACUUCACUUUAAGUGGUUUACCAGGGUACCAGACCAAGUGAAUACGACAGGGAAUGAUUUCCUAGAAAAUAAGAGUUCUAAAAUAUUAUGAUCUGCAGAAAUUUCUGGUGAACACAGUUCUGUACUGUAGGAGUGCUGGCCAUACUGACUCAGCCUCUGGCCCUCUGUCUUGUUCAUGUCCGGGCAGUGACCUCCCUCAGGAACACGUUCCAGGCCCCUCGGAGGUAAUGUGUGCCCUGUCCUGAAUGCAGGGAGGCUUAUUUUGAUCACUAGUAGAGAUCCCCCCAACCCCGCACAGAUGGUGCCAUGAGGUCUGUUAAAAUAUCAGACCCCUGACCGCACCACAAUGGCUACUGCACAUCCCCUUGUUCUAUCAGAUCUGUGAAUGAACAGUCUGGACUUUGCAGAGAAGAGCUGUGCAGUGCCUCGAUCCCUGCCUGCCGACCCCCCUUGGCAACAAGUUACCCUGAAUCAAACUCUAUGUAAAUGUGGAGCUGCCUGCUUUGCUUUUUGGUCUCAAGGGGCCUUCUCAGUUUGGACCAUACUUUACUGCCCCCCCACCACCACCGUGUAACAUACAUUCCAUUUUGUUUUACCUGUGUCGAGAAUUCAUGGAGUAGAACGGUAUAAUCAAAAUCAACUGCAUCAUCAUUUGUUUUCUAGAGAAAGAAAAAAAGAGUGGGUGUAAUAAAUAGCGUAGAUUUAUAUUAGUUCAGAGUUUGGAAGGCUUAUAUCUUAAAUUCCUAUUUGGAUGAGUGCCUUGAAUCUCCUGCUGCCUCUUCAAUUUGAACCUCAGUUCCUCUGGUAGAAGCCUGCAUUGAGAUAUGAAAGUCAUGGAUUCUGUUUUGUCACCGAGUUAGAUGAAAAUCUAGUUGAAUAUCUUUCCAUCACUUUUGCUCUCUGAUAAGUAUGGUUUUGGUAGAGGCUAAGUUCUGUGGGAAUAGGGAGAAUCUUUUGACAACCUAUGGAAUCUAGAUACUGUCUAUGCACCUCCAUUUGAUAUGUUAGCCCUGACAUAUAUAUAUAUGUUUAAAAAUUGGUUUUACUUAUAAACUUGAAGUGUUUUUUUCAGGAGAGUGCCUUCUUAUUCUGUUUUUGAAAAUAGCAUUUCUGGUGGAAAUCAUAGCAGUCCCUAGAUUUUAGGCAAAAAAGGAAAUCCUGAAACAAAUGAUGGGUUUCCAACUCCAUUUGAUAAACUACUUUGCUAAAUACACUGUUACAUAUUUUUUAAUACAAAAACUUGGGUUAUUAUAAUGUUUGUAAACCCUGUGCCAUUUAAUUAAGACCUUCCUCAAUAACAUUAUUAAACCUUUCCAUUUUUGUUUUUAUAGAUCCUUCCUCCUCCAGGAGGAAGCACCCUUACACCAACCCAAAAAGCAGGGUUUAUUACAAAACUGCAGCAGGGGACACUGCACACUCCAGCCUGGCAAAGUAGCCCAGGCUUGGGCUGCCCUCACCAACGCAAGCUCUGCCAAGUAGUAAUUAUUUUUAAUGUUAUUCAGAAAUAAUCUCCUUGGCUUCUGUUCAAAUUAUCACAAAUGCCAAAUCCUUAUAAUCCAAAUUGAUGAUUUACUGUUACAUCUUCCAGUAACUCAGCACUCUAAUCUUCCUAGAGACAGACUAGAAGUGUUUUGUUUGUGCCCUUUUAUUACUCAUGAUCCCCACCAGAACCCGUGUGGUUUUAGUAGAGAGUAAGCAGGCUUAAAUUAUUAAUAUAUACCAUCCAAAGUAGACUUCCUAGUCGAAUAAAUAAUAAGGUUGGUAAGAAGCCUUCUAUAAUGCACCCUUGGCGGCAGGGGGGGCCCUCCAGGCAGGGUAAGGCCUCAGGCUGAUUGCUACAGGAUAAUUUGGGGUGCUGACAGUGUCUGGUAUUCUUAAGAGUUGAAACAAUGCUCACUUUUACUUUUCUCAAUUCAUAUUAAAGGCUAAGGGUGUGAGGAAAGUCCUCAAUCUGUUUUUGUUUUUGUUUUUGUUUCUGUCGCCAGCACAUAUCUCCCUUGCCCUUGGUACAGUCCUCAUGGCAUUAGGAAUGGCAUCUAUCUUCAGUUCUAAAGUGAUAAUUGUGCUGGUCAGUAUUUUAGUCUUGUUUCUCCCAGGCCUUGUUCAUUUGGAGCUAUGAGUUUGUAACCCCGCCCUUCCUUACAUUAUUGCAUUAAAAGGAGACUUUAACCCUGAGUGUAAAGAAAGUAAUUCCCACUGAAAAAGCUUUUGGAAAAACUAAUCUUUAUACCCUUGAGCCACAGAGCACCUCCCAUCACUUCCUGCUUCUGUACUGUAUUGGCUUUAUCAGCCCUACUAUCCUGUAUCUAGUCUUGUAGAACAGUAUAUAGAUCUGAUCUUAGUGACUUUUUAAACAUAGUUUCUUGUUUUGCUUGUUGCUGGUUGCUUCUUUUGCUGAAAGAUCAUGCAAAUCCUUAGUGGCUACACAGUAGCAGAAUCCAGAAAUCUAUGUGGAUAUGUGCAUAAUUUUCUUUAAGGAAACUCUAAAUUGUAUCAACUUUGAGACCAAAUUUACCAAUUGCUUCAGUGAUUUAGAUUUAUGUUAAUUUCAAGGACUUCAUUAAGUUUCUUAAUCCUCAUUUAAUAGGCCCUAAGAGAUGAAGUGAUUUGCCUUAGGUGGCCCAGCAAGCCAGUUGUAUAUUCAAUUUUUAUUUAUCUAAAACCCAAAUUUCACAGGGUAAAAAAAGCCAAAGCUUCUACUUAAGUGACCAUACUCCCUCUGCAUUUUUGUUUUCUUAACUCUACAAUUACUUUUAUACCAAUUUUCCCACUUGUAGGUUGGGUGAGUGAUAUUGAUGGACAGAUGAGAGGCAUCAAAGACUGGCUAGAACAAGACAGAAAUGGAGCUGCUGUAUUUGGACCAUACUAUGUCCUGGUGGUUGUUGGUUUGGUAAUGUGUCAUGUACAAUUGCAAAUGAAAAGAAAGCACUGACGUUAAGAGCUCCUAAGGAGUAGGAAGAAGGAACAAUAGGAAGAUCCCAAGCUCAUCUCAUUCCGUGGACACAAUGAAGCAACAACUGCAUGGAUUGCAACUAACUCUGAAAACAACCUGAAGACUGGCAGAGAUCAUUGACAGCUGGUUGUAGAGAGAAGGCCACAUCAGAAAGAGGUGGAGACAUGGUGGAGAACCAGACCCCUGACAAUGCCUAAUCACAAAUGGGAAUGAUAUCACAAGCACAGAAGAGUGAGAGGAUCAGACCUCACACCAGACCCCCUGGCCCUGGGGAUCCACCCUGGAAAGAAGAGUCCCCAUAAUAUUUAGCUAUGAAAUCAGUGGGGCUUGGCUCUGGGAGAGAUGGAAGGCUACAGGAAAUGAAGCCCUUCAAGAGCCAGGACACUAAAUAAUAAGGUCCAACACAGUGCAGAAGGAGCACUUUGCAAAACACCUGGGGUAUACUUGAAGGGGAUUUAGUGACUAAUUUUAGGACAUGUGCCAAAGGGACAGGGAUCUACAGGAGAUUUCUCCAGGAACAAAAGUGGUGGAUGCCAUUUUCUUGCCCUCCCCAGCCUAGGUAGCCAGAUGCUUAUGGGAGCCAGUUCUAAUACUUUCCAUCUACCUUGCUAGGACCCUGUGCCCACCCUGGAGUUCCCCUGCAGACCCACCAUACCCAGCAGGCAACACUGGUAAGAACUGGUGCCCCUUCUAAGCGACCCCUGCCCUGGGGACAGGAGGCAGAGAUAACCCUACAAACCAGCAUGCCCACAGUUCUUGGGGCUGGGCCUCUUUGCUGACUGUGCAGGGAGAAGGCCCUGUACUUUGGGGUGCCCACAGCUUUUGCAAUGGCUAACUGCAUCCAGCCAUGCUGAGGACAGGCCCUGCCCACCAGUGAUCCCACAGCUGCUGUAGACAGGACCCUCAACAGCAUGGAGAGCAAAUCCUGCCCUGUAUGCCUGCAACAGAUGCGCUGAAGGCCAUCUGAGGGCCAACCAGUGGCAUGCCCACAGCAAUCACACCUUAUCAAAAACAGGAGAGUACAUGCAGCCCACACAGGGGCCAUCCCUGGAGCACCCAGCUCUGAAGACUCGGGUGGGGGGAUUGUGUACAGGACACCACAGGACUGCUUCUACACAAGGCCACUAAUUUCAAGACCAGAAGACUUAGACAAAAUGAGGAGACAGAGGAAUAUAUCCCAAAUGUAAGAAUAAGACAAAAUCACAGAAAAAGAGAUCAAAGUAAUGGCCAUAAAGAAACUCACUGUACUUGAAGAAAGUGGAUGAACUCAGUGAGAACUUCAACAAAAAUGAUAGAAAAUAUAAAAAAGAACCAGUCAGAGAUGAAGAAUUCAAUACCUGAAAUGAAAAAUACCCUAAAGGGAAACAGCAGACUAGAGGAGGCAGAAGAACGGAUCAGUGACCUGGAAGACCAGGUAAGGGGAAGCACCCAAGCUGAACAGCAAAAAGAAAAAAAGACUAAAAAAUAAGAGUAGGUUAAGGGACCUCUGUGACCUCAUCAGGCAUAAUUACAUUGGCGCAUCACAGGGAUCCCAGAAGGAGAAGAUUAUGAAAAUAGCUGAAAACUUCCCUAAUCUGAGGAAACAGACAUCCAAAUCCAGAAAUCACAGAGAGCCCUAAAUAAGAUGAACAAAGAAUGUCCACACCAAGACUCAUAAUAAUUACAAUGACAAAAAGUAAUGAUUAAGAGAAUUUUUAAGGCAGCAAGAGAAAACAAAUAGUUACACACAAGGAAAACCCCAUAGGCUGUCAGCUAAUAUUUCAGCAGGAACUUCGCAGACCAGAAGAUGGUAUGAUGCACCGAACAGCUGAAAGGAAAAAAAAAAAAAAAAAAACACCUAUAACUAAGAAUACCUAACAAGGUCAUCAUUCAGAAUUGAAGGAAAGAUAAAGAGUUUCCCGGACAAACAAAAAUCAAAGGAUUUCAUUACCACUAGCCAGCCUUACAAAAAAAUGUUAAAGGGAAUUCUUUAAAAAGAAAAGGUCAUAACUAGGAGAAAAUGAUGAAAAUUUCACUGGUAAAAACAAAUAGUAAAGGUAAUAGAUUAAUCACUAAUAAAACCAGUAUGGAAGUUAAAAUGCAGAAGUAGUAAAUUCAAUAAAGUUAGUCAAGAGGGACGCCUGGGUGUCUCAGUCGGUUAAGCGGCUGCCUUCGGCUCAGGUCAUGAUCCCAGGGUCCUGGGAUCGAGUCCCACAUCGGGCUCCUUGCUCGGCGGGGAGCCUGCUUCUCCCUCUGCCUGCCUCUCCCCCUGCUUGUGUUCUGUCUCUCUCUCUGACAAAUAAAAUCUUAAAAAAAAAAAAAAAAAGUCAAGAGAUACUAAAAAAUAUGCAAAAUAAGAGUAAAAAUUUAGUGCUUUUAGAAUGUGUUCAAACUUAAGUGACCAUCAACUUAAUAUAGAUUGCUAUACAUGAAUACCAUGGUAACCACAUAUCAAAAACCUGUAAUAGAUACACAAAAUGUAGAGAGAAAGCAAUUCAAGAAUAACACUAAGGAAAGCCAUUAAGCCACAGGGGAAGAGAGCAAGAAAAGGAAGGAACCCAGAGAACUGCAAAAAUAACCAGAAAAAAAAUUAACAAAAUAGUAAUAAGUAUAUGCCUAUCAAUAAUUAAAUUUAAAUGCUCUAAAGGCUCCAGUCAAAAGGCAGAGGGUUACUGAAUGGAUAAAAAAAACAAGACCCAUCUAUAUGCUGCCUACAAGAGACUUGCUUCACACCUAAAGACACACGCAGACUGAAACUGAAGUAAUGGAAAAAGACAUUGCAUGCAAAUGGAAGUAACAAAAAAGCCAGGGUAGCAAUACUUAGACAAGAUAGACUUUAAAACAAAGACUGUAGCAAGAGACAAAGAAGGGCAUUACAUAAUGAUAAAUCAAUUCCACAAGAGCACAGAACAUUGUAAACAUCUAUGUGACUAAUAUAGGAGCACAUAAAUACAUGAAGCAAAUAUUAGCAGACAUAAAGGGAGAAACACAAUAAUAGUAGGGAACUUUAACACCCCACUUACAUCAAUGAAUGUAUCAUUCAGACAGAAAAUCAAUUAAGGAAACAAGGUUUUAUCAACAUAUUAGACCAGAUGGGACUUAAAUUUGUUGAAACCUGUUUUGUAGCCUAAAACGUGGUCUAUCCUGGAGAAUGUUUCAUGUACGCCUUGAAAAAUGUGUAUUCUGCUGUUUUUGGAUGGAAUAUACUGUGUAUACAGAACAAAGCCAUUAGAAGGAAAUAAAGAUUAGAGAGAAAUAAGACAAAAAAAAAAAAAAAAAAAAACACCAAAACAUAGAAAA